AUGGAUUUACAAAGAGUUUCAUUUUACUUACUCUCGAUUUUCUUAUACUUUGCUGAGAGCAGCUCUUUUCGUUUCGACUACAAAUACUAUCCAAAUAUUGACGGAUGGCUCAAAUUCCACCGGCUACCUGCAACCUGGCAUGACGCCUGGACGACAUGCGAUCUUGAAGGCUCAAUACUGGCCUCUCCGAUAAACCCAGAUAUGGUAUCGGCGAUGGACGCUCACUGGAAAUCGGAGAACACUAAUCAAUGGACUCUUUAUACUGGCGUACACGCGAUGUUCUCUAAAGGAUAUUUCUUUUCUCUUGAAGGUGUAUCUCUGGAAAAAAUGCCUGUGCGAUGGGCAGCCGGGGAACCAGAGAACAAGAACAACGACGAGGACUGUCUCGCCUGGGUCAUCGGUGAUGUAGCGGACGUGAACUGUUCCAAAUUGUAUCCGUUCAUGUGUUUCAAGAGAAAAACUAAAGACAUGGUCACGACUUCAUGUGGAACUGUCGACAAGGAUUAUGAAUUGAGUCCUCUAACUGGUAAUUGCUACAAGUUUCACCGCCGCGGAAGAACUUGGCAUCAAGCACAAAAGACCUGCGCAGCUGAAGGAGGCUACUUGGCUGUGAUCAACAGUCACGAAGAGGCUCUACACCUGAAAAAACUUUUUGACGAUAAUUAUUCUAAAAUUGUUAAUUCUGAAGACAAAGAUAAGAUCUAUGUUGGUAUGCAUGAUUUUUAUGAUCCCGGUGUCUGGAGGACUAUCCACGGAGUGAAGAUCGAAGAGGCAGGCUAUGCAGAAUGGUCUGAACACCAAUCUAAUAAUUUGACAUAUGGUCGGCACUGCGGAGCUAUGAUGAACACCUUAGGAUUGAAUGAUUUGUGGUGCGACAAAUCAGUUGCAUUCAUUUGUGAGAAGAGCCUGGACAGCCUGGUUGAAGAUAAGGUUGCAGAGUAACUGAUAAAUCUUUCGUAUGAUAUUUACUAUAUUUUCUUGCAUAUAUUUGUGUGGGCAUUUGUGCUCAUGUGUUUUUACAUAUCCGGGACAGAUCCUUCUUGUGGAUUAGAAUCUGCAACUCAAAAUAAUGCAAAAUUACUGUGACA